UGCCUGGACAACCGCGUGUUGACGCCGCGUGACAGCGCUGCAUCCAUCAUCAUCACCAGCAGCUCCUCCAUCACCUCGUCUCUCACCACAAUCACCUCGUCUCUCACCACCUGCUCCAUCAUCAUCAUCACCACCUGCUCCAUCACCUCGUCUCUCAUCACAUCAAUCACCUCGUCUCUCACCACCACCAUCACCUCUUCUCUCACCUCCAUCACCUCGUCUCUCAUCACAUCAAUCACCUCGUCUCUCACCACCACCAUCAUCUCGUCUCUCACCACCAUCACCUCUUCUCUCACCACCAUCACCUCGUCUCUUACCACCAUCACCUCGUCUCUCACCACCAUCAUAACCUCGUUUUUCAUCACAUCCUCCAUCACCUCGUCUCUUUUCAUCACGGCCCGUGGCCUCGUCGCCUCAUGUCUUCAGGCCGCCCCUCACGUCGCUCCGCUCCGGGUGAGAAGGAGGGAGCGGUGCGGGUGAAAGCGGGCGGCACAGGAGCGCCUCCUCCCCGAGGGAACCCGUUCCGAAUCCCGGCAGACGUGGACGUCUUGCAGCUGCGGGCUCGCGAGAGGGAACGCGCGAACCAGGAACGCGAGAACGCCCGCGGGCUUCGCGUGCAGGACAAGAGCACAUUCGCGAGCCGCGUGCGUGCAAACCAAGCCCGGAGCCGGCACGGGGACCCCCUUCACGACGCGGGGGAGGAGGAGGAGGAGGGGGACGAUGCUGAGCAGGGGUCCAAGCUGCAGAAGAGGUCCGGAGCUUCCAGCCUUGGCAAGGACCCCGCGUGGACCCUGGCGCUCACGAGGGACCGCCAGGUGGAGAAAGAGGGGCUCUCUGAAUUUGUCUCCCGCAAGCGAGAGAUGUUCCUUGUGCAGUACGGCCUGAGCGUGAAGCGCGAGGAGAUGCGCGCCCUGGAGCAGCAGGGAGCGCGCGAGGAGCGAGCGCUCGAGCAAGCGGAGCGCUUUCUGGAGGACGACGCGGCCAUGUUCGAUGAGUUCCUCAAGCAGAACGAUCGCAGCGCCGUGGAGGCCAUCAGGGUAGCGGAGAUGGAGAUGAAGGCGCGGAUGGAGCAGGUGGCUGAGAUUAAGAAGCUGACGGCCCAGAUCGUGUCCGCCAAGAGUGAGAUCGCACGGCAGGAGGAUCUGCUGCAGGAGUACCGAUUGUAUAAGCGCUUCCUGGAGGGGCUGGCGCCACCGGAGUGGCACCAGCGGCGGCGCGAGCGCAAGCGGGCGGCACGAGCGAUCGCAGCACCCGGGGAGGGAGCAGUGGAAACGGAGGGAACCUCCCCAUGCAAGCCAGAGAACAGCAAAGGAGACGGAGGCAGCUCCAACGCAUCCCAGGACAACUCUGACGACAGUGAGGGGGAGUUUGAGCUGCCGCUCAGCAGCCCCCAGGAGCUGCUGGACCUGUUCACGGAGUUGGAGGAGCAGAACCUCUCCCUGAUCCAGAACUCCCAGGACAUGGAGCAGUCCCUGGAGGAAGCACGCCAGAACAUCGCCAGCACGAACCAGCGACUGAACAAAGAGACAGAGGCCCUCGAUGUCCAAGUGCAGGAGCUGCGUGCCGCCAUCACUCACGAGGAGGAGAGGGCGUCCGACCUGGAGCUCCAGGCCAACGUGUUCUCGCUCGGCGAGCUCCGCCAGGAAGAGCAGGAGCAAAUGCUAGAGGCACUCAGCGCCAAGGUGUGCGCCGUGUACCGGGCAUGUGUGGGCACCAGCGAGGGGAAUCUGGGAACACUGCAGAUGCUCACGAGCGUGGAGAACCGCCUCGAGGAGCUGCUGGUGGAGCUGGAGGGGAUGCCCCCGGAGCGGGUGCACAGUGCCGAGCGCGCCAAGCACAAGGAGCGACGCUUGCGUAUGCGGGAGGAGAAGGCCCGGCAGCAGAAGCAGCACCAGGAGGAGCGACUGCGCCGGGCGUUGGAGAGAGCGCAGGCUGAGAUCACGCAUCGGACGGGGCGCCGGCUGGUGUUCCGCUCGGAGCCUCCCGUGCGCCGCACCCACAAGGAGCGCGGUCAGGAGAGCAGCGAGAGGGAGCAGGAGGAGGCCCUCUAUUUCUUCAGCUGAAGAUUCACGACGACACGUCAGCUCGCGUGCAGCCCUCCAACCUCGCCCCCCCCCCCCCCCCGUUUUUACAGGACUGCUGCUGCUGUGUGUGUCCAUCAACCCACGCGCGCUUGCUUACUCAUGCAAAGCUGCCUGCGUGCCCUAUAAGGCGGCGGUGUUGACUGUGUACUGGUAGCGAGCAAAAUAAAAUUAAUCCGUAAAAACAAA